ACUAUCUCGGUACGUACAUUCUAUAAGUCGUGUAGCCUGCAGGUACUUGUCCAUCGUGCAGUUAUUAUUGAGAUCGCUGAUUUUUAGUGUUUACAGUUUUCACGUACCUUUUCUGAUUCCUAGUCUGGUUAGCCAGCAGUUUUAUAAUUAAUCGAUCAAUAUUUUCGUUUUUCCGUUUUUGGCGAUUUUCGCUUCUCACGUUUUUCCGUUUCGGCCGGUGAUAACGACAGCGGUGAGCUAGUAGACAUCAGUGUUCAGUAAACUGUUAUUUGAAGUUUUACCAGAUUUUAAAAUGACUAGUAAAAUUGAUACUGCUAAAGCAGCUAUUAAAAAUGCGUUGUACGAUGAAUCCAAACCUUGGUAUAAGUUGUUCAACUGGGCUGAAGCACAAACAGGAGUUAAUAGAUUGAAUCUAUUUUUUGGAUUUGCAGUGUUCAUUGUGUUUUAUUUAUUAAUUGGAUAUGGAACUUUAUUGUUGAGUAAUUUGAUUGGAUUUUUAUACCCUGCCUAUGCGUCCAUAAAAGCUGUAGAAUCUAGUGGAAAAGAUGAUGAUACAAAAUGGUUGACAUAUUGGGUGGUGUUUUCAUUCAUUACUCUAAUUGAGUUCCCGGCUGAAAUUAUUCUACAAUGGAUACCAUUUUAUUCGUUAAUCAAGACAAUCUUUUUUGUUUGGUGUUUCAUUCCAAUUCACAAUAAUGGUUCUGUGGUUGUGUAUAGUAAAUUUAUACGUCCAUACUUUUUAAAACACCAAGGAGAUAUUGAUCAAGCGGUAAAUGACCUUUCUGAAAAAGCUACUGAAGUGGCUUUUAAAAAACUAGUUACUGAAAAAGUUAAUUAAAUCAAAUUACUUGAAUAAGCAUUGUUGGAGUAUUUUAAAUGUUUCAUCAUUCAAAUUUAAAA